UGUCUAUAUAAGGCGGCCAAGAUAUGCAUAAACUAUCACUGCAAGAAGAUACGUACAACUACGAUACGUGAUGAAGCUGAUACUUGUUGCGGCUCUGUUGGUGUGCCUGCUGGCGAUACACGCUGAUGGACGCUAUAACUACAGACACUACCGGAUCAGGAUGAGUUGGAGAAGAACUACAUCCUGCAUCUUAAGGGCAGCAAGGCAGCUGUCUCACUGUUACGGCGUCAGAUCAAGGUUCCGAUACUAUGGGAAGAGAGAAAUCGAUAAUGCAGAUGAGAAUGCUGACCAAUUAGAGAAUGAUGAGCAGCAUAUAAGCGCCAGAGAUCUGUUUGAGGAAGCCGAUGAAGGAAGUCAAGGAGGGAACGGCUCGGGAUCUUCCAAAAAGGCGACUGACGCAUAGAAACAAGCGACACAGUGAAGGAUCCAUGGAAGACAACGUGAAUGUCUAUCGGAAAUCACUCGGACGUCCCUGAUUAUGUUAACAUAAUAAAUUCUUGAAGCAGA